GACCCUUAUGCAUACUAAGUCACAGUUCUUCCUUUCUCUACGUAUAAGAAACUGGGAUCUCAUGAGAACUGAUUCUGAUCACAAGAGUUUUCUUAACACCAACCAUGCUUCUCCUAGAUACCUGGGCCAACAUUCUUCACAGUGCCCUGCUCUUGAUCCUGCUUCUGGAACUUAAAGGAGCAGAUAUGAAAGAGCUGAAGGUGAUCCAGCCUCAGAAAUCAGUUUCUGUUUAUGAUGGAGGGUCAGUCAUUCUGAAUUGCACAGUGACAUCUCUCAUCCCUGUGGGGCCAGUGAAGUGGUUCAAGGGUGUAGGACAAAAUAGAAUCCUGACAUAUCAUUUCACAGGAGAAUAUUUCCCCAGAAUAACAAGUGUUACAGAUACUAAUAAGAGAAACAACAUGGACUUUUCCAUUCAUAUCAGUAAUAUCACGCUUGAAGAUGCAGGUACUUUCUUCUGUGUGAAGUUCCAGAAAGGAAUAGUAGAGCCUGACACUGAGAUUGUGUCUGGAGGUGGCACUGAGUUGUUUGUAUUUGUUUCUGCACGAGCAGAUAUGAAAGAGCUGAAGGUGAUCCAGCCUGACAAAGCAAUUUCUGUUGAUGCUGGAGGAUCAGUCAUUCUGAAUUGCACAGUGACAUCUGUCAUCCCUGUGGGGCCCAUCAGGUGGUUCAGGGGUGUAAAACACAGUAGACAGCUGAUAUAUAAUUUCAUCGGAAACAAUUUCCCCAGAGUAACAAAUGCUUCAGAUGCUUCAAAGAGAAACAACCUGGACUUUUCUAUCCACAUCAGUAAUGUCACACCGGCUGAUGCAGGUACCUACUACUGUGUGAAGUUCCAGAAAGGAAUAGUAGAGCCUGACAUUGAGAUUCAGUCUGGAGGUGGCACUGAGUUGUUAGUAUUUGUUAAACCAUUUCCUCCUGCGUUCUCAAGUCCUACAAGCAGAGCUAUACCUAAGCAGACACCGAGCUUCCCAUGCACAUGUUUUUCACCUCAGAACAUCACACUGAAAUGAUUAAAAAAUGAAACGAAGCUCUCUCACUUUCAAACCACUAGGGACCCAAAGAAGAGAACAUCUUCUACAAUAUCUUCAGCACAAAUGGUGCUUGGAGCUGUGGAGAUCUACACUAACAUCUUCUGUAAGGUGGUCCAUAACACCUUAAAAGGAAGGACUCUGUGGGAGAACCAAGCUGUCUUACACCAUCUUAGGUAG